AUGCCCAGACAUCUUCGCCCCUGGAGGUCCCAGCCGCCGCUUCUCAUAGAGUGGCUGAAGUUCAGGAGACACGGCCGCGAUCGGAACGGACGAAGGAAAUGGCACAGCCUCUGGCGCAGACACACAAGCAGUCGCCAGAUGCCCGGUGACGACUAUGGGGACGGGUACGAGUACGGCGACCGCGAGAUGAACGCGCGCAACGAGGACAGCGCGGACUACUCGGUGCACCAGUUCUUGGCCAACGACGACGCCCGCGACGGGCCUGUGUCCACCGGCGACGACAGCGACGCAGCUGCGGAGGUGAGGAGGUCCAGGGAGCUUGCGAGCCAGGACCACUUCAACAGCGAGAACACCCCGGCCGCUGAUGACGACUUCAUCCAGCUCAAGGCGAAGAAGCGCAAGAGCAGGCGCCAGAUGCCCGGUGACGACUACGGGGACGGGUACGAGUACGGCGACCGCGAGAUGAACGCGCGCAACGAGGACAGCGCGGACUACUCGGUGCACCAGUUCUUGGCCAACGACGACGCCCGCGACGGGCCUGUGUCCACCGGCGACGACAGCGACGCAGCUGCAGAGGUGAGGAGGUCCAGGGAGCUUGCGAGCCAGGAUCACUUCAACAGCGAGAACACCCCGGCCGCUGAUGACGACUUCAUCCAGCUCAAGGCGAAGAAGCGCAAGGGCAGGCGCCAGAUGCCCGGUGACGACUACGGGGACGGGUACGAGUACGGCGACCGCGAGAUGAACGCGCGCAACGAGGACAGCGCGGACUACUCGGUGCACCAGUUCUUGGCCAACGACGACGCCCGCGACGGCCGCUGA